AUGUCUGUUCCAGCUGAUGAAACUGUGGGGGACCUGCCUGUAAGAGACGUAGGUCUAACUCUAGCUGGAAUUGGAGGAUUGCAAGAAUCAUCAACUACACAGAAUGUAAAAGCUCGACAAGCUGUAUCACGAAUCAGUCGAGAGGAACUGGAAGACAGAUUUCUUCGUUUACGUGAUGAGAACAUCUUACUCAAACAGCAUGCAAAUAAGCAAGAGGAGAAAAUUAAAAGAAUGGCCACCAAGUUAAUACGGCUUGUUAAUGAUAAAAAAAGGUCUGAACAGGUUGGUGGCGGCCCCAAGCGGCUGGGUCAGGCUGUGGAGCUGGAAGAAAUGAUUGAGCAUUUGCAAGAGAGAGUUCGUGAGCUUGAGAAACAAAACGAGAGCCUCCGCAGCAAACUCAUUUCAACUAAACAGCAGCUCCAGAUUCAAGGCCAUAGGCCUUGCCCGUACAGCUAUGUUCAAUCUCGUAUUAACACUGGUCUCAAAAAAGUGAGUGAGGCUGCUGGCAUGCCGGAGAACACAAAGAAAGGAAUGAGAUUUCAGGAUUUAGAAGUGAGAUCACCUAACCUUGUGCUCCCAAGAUAUGGACAGACUCUGCUCGAGGAUCCAAGGGCUGAAAUGAGAAAUUUGGAGACUGUGAUUGAGUCCCAAAGGGAACACAUUGAGGAACUAGAACAUGCUAGAGAGAUACUUGUGAGUCAGCUAAGAAGGAAAGAAAAGGAAAUUGAAGAGUCCGUCCUACGGCUGAAAGAGCAAGAAACAACAAGCCAAAGGCUAAACAUUCGGGACAAUGUGGAAAUGAUCAAGGUCCAUAAACAGCUGGUUGAGAAAAGCAAUGCUCUUUCAGCAAUGGAAGGAAAAUUUCUCCAGCUUCAAGAGAACCAAAGGAACUUGAAGACGAGCCAUGAUGCUUUAAUAGCAAAAGGUGAUGAACUGAAUCUACAGCUUAAAGAGGAGCGGUUAAAGUGCCUCCAUCUUGAAAAAGAAUUGCAAUCAGUGACUAUUUCAAACCGAAGGACAGAGGAGUUACAGGAAAGAAUAAAUGAUCUAGAAAAAGAGAAGGAACUCUUGAAGGAAAACUAUGAUAAGCUGUAUAACAGUGUCUUCAGUAUGACCCAUGAACAGCAAUGGAUAUUAAAGGAACAGCAACUGAAACUGCAAAUUGCUAAACUAGAGACUGCUAUCAAAUCUGAUUUAGCAGACAAAAAUGAAAUCCUUGACAAGAUCAAAGUAGAAAGAGACCAAAAGGAAAAGCUGAUGCAAGAGAACAAAGACCUACAGUUAUGCUACCUGGAACAUAAGCAACAACUAGAUGAACUGAAAAAUCACAUGAAGUUUUUGACCAAGGAAAGUGAUAUUGAUGUGGCAGAACUCAGUGAAGCCCUCUUGCUUAUAAAGGUUCGAAAGCAGCAGACGAAUGGGGACCUUAUGUUUUUGGAAAAAGCAGAAGAUGAUAUCCAUAAAGAUCUAGAACACUCCAUGCGGGAGCUGCAAUUAACACAUGCGGAAACAGUGCAAGAACUUGAAAAGACAAGGAAUAUGUUAAUUGUGCAGCACAAAAUUAACAAAGAUUACCAGACUGAAGUAGAAGCAGUGACACAGAAGAUGGAAAGUCUACAGAAAGACUAUGAGUUAAAACUGGAACAGUAUGUCCAUCUUCUUGAUAUUAGAGCUGCACGCAUCAGAAAACUAGAAGCCCAACUAAGAGAUAUUGUCUAUGGUACAAAACCGCAUAAAUCCAGACCAGAAGUAUUGCCAGGUGAUCCAGUGGAUGAAUUUGAUGAAACUUUACAUUUAGAAAGAGGAGAGAACCUUUUUGAAAUUCAUAUCAGCAAAGUGAUCUUCUCUUCUGGAGCUAUGCACGCUUUUGGUGACCAUGAACCUGCAACUUUUUGUACUUACGCAUUCUAUGACUUCGAACUUCAGACAACCCCAGUAGUUUAUGGGCGUACCCCAUCAUAUGACUUCACUUCUCAGUAUCUUGUGCAGGCUGAUGACUGCUUCUUGCACUAUAUACAGCGAAACAGUAUCACACUUGAGGUUCAUCACGCAUAUGGCACAGAUUAUGAAACAGUUGCUGCAUGUCAACUGAAGUUCCAUGAAAUCUUGGAAAACAAUGGGAAGAUCUACAGCACAGCAAAUUUAAUUGGAAUCAAAGGAAACAUUCAAAAUUAUGGUACCGUAGAAUACUGGAUCAGGUUACGAGUUCCUAUGGAUCAAGCUAUUAGUCUCUACAAAGAGAGGUCAAAGGCUCUGGGGUAUAUAACAGCCAAUUUUAGGGAACCAGAAAUCAUGGAAACAUGAAGUCAGCAGAUACUCAGAACUGCCCAAGUCAGCACUUCAACAGAUGGCAAUUUAAAUGAACUCCACAUUACAAUAAAAUGUUGUAACAGUCUACAAUCCCGAAAAAACCAUCUUCAGCCAAAUCCUUAUGUUGUCUACAAGUUCUUUGAUUUUGCAGACCAUGAUACUCCCAUCAUUCCUAGCAGCAACAACCCACAAAUAGAUGACCAUAUGUGUUUCCAAGUGCCAAUGAAUGCAGAUUUAGACCGAUACCUAAAAUCAGAAUCCUUAACUUUUUAUGUAUUUGAUGAUGGUGAAACAGAAGAAGGUACUUUUGAACUAACAGAUUCUGGAAGACAUGCUACUGGUACCAUCACAGUUGAAUUAAAAUGGAAGUUUGUCUACCUACCACCAAGUGGACCAACAAUGGCUGCAGACUUAGUGAAUUACAUUCAAAAUGAGAAGUCAAUGGCAGCUAAAUUACUAGCAGAGGAAAAAAUGCAGACUCCAGCCCUGUCUCCUUCUUUUACUUCGUCACUGACAAACUCAGUCAGUUGGGGUAGCUUUGAGCCAAAAGAAUUCUCAAGCAGCCAGACCCAAGCCAUAUGUACAGAUACAUGGUUGGAAUAUGGCAAUAAAUGGUCUUCAACUAUAUUUGUUUUAUUACAGAAACCAACACCCAAACCAAGGCAGCGUGCAGCUCAAGCAGACAAGAAAGUGUCUUUUCUGGAUCUUAGUACAAUACAGAUGGCAGGCUCUCUUGUUGAAAAUGAUAUGGAACUUGCACAGAAGAUGAAGGCUUCAAGAGUUCCAAGUGUUUCAGAGCAUGUGGUACAUGAGGUUAAACAAGAUAAGGUGAAGGAGAUGGCUGAAGAAAUUCAACAGGAAAAAGAAGACCUCUCACAUCUGUCAGAGGGGCAGUUGGCCGACCAAAGCUCCGUUACCUCUGGAGAUGAGACAGAAAUAACUGAAGAAUUGGAACCAGAAGAAAAUGAUGCCAUUGAAUCAAUAAUAACUGACAGUGAUGACUGUAUUGUUUCCAGUCCAGUAUCCAAGAAUAUUAAACAGGCAACUGAAAAAAUCCGGAUUGAAAUUAUAUCGCUGGGUCUUACUGAGUCACGAAUUGCAUCAGAUGAAACAAUACAGCAGCUGUUUGUAGAAUGCAGAUUAUACAAUUUCCUUGCAGAGGAGACCCCACUGUCACUUCCAAAACCAACAAGUGGUCAGAGGAUUCACUAUAACUAUAGCAAUGUGAUACAUGUGGAUAAGGCAAAUAAUCAUGCAAGAAGGGAGUUUCUCAAGUCUGUGCUUCUAAAGCCAGAUCUACAUACUGACAGCCUACGAUUUACAGUGGUCAGUGAUCCCCCAGAAGAUGAACAGGAUCUUGAAUGUGAAGAUAUCGGUUUCGCUUAUGUCAGUUUGAGAGAGAUAUUCGAGAAGCAAAGAGAUAUCAUUGAGCAAGAUAUUGAUGUUUUCGAUUCACAAGAUGAUAGUGCAGUAAUUGGAAAGCUCAAAGUAACAGUGGAAGCCCUCCAUGUGCUGCGUUCAGUCUAUGAGGAAUGCAAAGAUGACUAGAAGGCAUGA